AUGCAGUUGCUUCAAUACAAUUUAACGCAUCCAUACCCUCGAAGCAAGCUCUUUACCACCAUUACUUUGGUGCUUGUUACACUAGUGCUACCCGUACUGGUUAUCGUAAACAUCGCCACUGUUGGACAGGAGUUGGUUCCCUCCCUCCGAGGAGAUUUUCAGCAAAACGACACGGUUCCUCUGUGGUGGGAAACCACUCCUCUGUCACCACUCUUCCGGCGUAAGCCUCCUCCAUGUCAGCCAAAGGAUUUAGGAAAGGGGGACACUUUCCGACUUUCCCCGUCAUUAUUCGAGUAUAAAGUACUGAGUUCAUGGCGCACGAACAGGACGAAACUCAAGUCCGAGGACGAAGGAAGAAUUGAGUAUCGUGGUGGCUCCUUUGGCGCCUGUUUUGUAUACGACAUUAGGUUCGAUCUUAGCUUCAUCGAGUCAACUCAAUCUCUUACCGUUGGUAUAUCGUGUCCAGAUUACCCUGUUCGAGCAUUUUUGGAGACCCGCGUUGUUUUUGCGACAGAACACAGCAAGGACGUAAUUGGACAGUUCUACGGUUAUGACGUUCACCUUAUCGAUUUCGUCGACGAGGACUCUCGUGAUUAUCGUCGAGUUGUAUUCGAUGUCCUAGACGUGAUAUCCACAGACUCGCUGUCUAUCUUGGAUGGUGCCAUUACUCAAUGGCUCUCGCUCAGUGCACGUGCAAGCGUAUCUAACGAGUUAAACUUUAUCUCCACAGACAUGGUGGGCAUUGGUGGCAAUACCUCUGCAAACGGAGAGAAUAAAAUGGGCGAGGCUGAAAUAUACCGGGACACUAUUUCGAACCUUAUGCGCGCCGUUCAGCAUGCUGUCGAGCUAGAUCUUGGUAACCCUAGCUCAGAAAAUAUUUUCACCAACUCUUCAGCAGUUAACAGCACAUUCAGCCCAAACCUCCCACCUAAAGGAAUCGCGCCGCGAGAUUGGGUUGGAAGAAACUCCUUUCGUUAUGAUCGUGUCGAGGAGCCAUACUUCACGUUCGCACAAAUGCUUCGCGCUGGGGUCCCAGCCAAUAUCACAACAGCACUCGGUAACCUGACUGGGCUCCCAGGAAACUCGACAAUGGUCACGAACUACUUAUGUCCCAGCUAUCAGCCACGACCAAUAAGUUCAUUAUUGGUUAACGUCUUCAUAGGGACGGCAACCAUGUUCUUGUCGGCUUGGACGGCAUGGAUGUCUGUGACUGCAAUGCUAGCGAAAAGGAUUGCAGGACCAUGUGUUACUUGCACUUGUGGUACGCACUUGGAUCCAGAGGGCCAGCCGACGCGAUGCGACCAUAGUCAUGCGAUCGUCGUAUCGGGGUUGACAACUGGGCUGGUAAGCCCUCCUUCCAAGAUGCCUAGUCAAGCCAGCACCGAAUCGGUACUUACUGAAGAGAAGGGGGAGCCUGGCGACCAAAAUUCCAGUGUCCAAGAGAUUCCGAAAAUUGGAGCAGUGGGUACUAGGAUUUAA